AUGUUCGCCCUCCGUGCCAUUGCUGUCCCUGCGCAGCGCCAGGCCUUCCGCGCAGCUCCCCGCGCGGCCGUCACUCUUUCGCUGCAGAACCAGAGACUAUACUCCGAGAAGGUCGCCAAGUACGAGGGAAAGAAGGAUGUGAAGGGUAACUACACAGUCAGUUUGAUCGAAGGUGAUGGCAUUGGCCCCGAGAUUGCCGUUGCCGUCAAGGACAUCUUCGCCGCCGCCAAGACGCCAAUUUCCUGGGAGCCCAUCAACGUCGACCCCAUCCUCAAGGAUGGCAAGACUGCUAUCCCCGACGAUGCCAUCGAGAGCAUCAAGAGAAACAAGAUUGCCCUCAAGGGUCCUCUUGCUACCCCCAUCGGCAAGGGCCACGUCUCUCUCAACUUGACCCUUCGUCGCACUUUCAACCUCUUCGCCAACCUCCGUCCCUGCCGCUCGGUUGCUGGAUACAAGACCCCCUACGAUAACGUCGACACCGUCCUGAUCCGCGAGAACACCGAGGGCGAGUACUCCGGCAUUGAGCACGUUGUGGUGGAUGGUGUCGUCCAGAGCAUCAAGCUCAUCACCCGCGAGGCCAGCGAGCGCGUCCUCCGGUUCGCCUUUCAGCAUGCCCGCUCCAUCGGCCGCAAGAAGGUCCGUGUCGUCCACAAGGCCACCAUCAUGAAGAUGUCCGACGGUCUUUUCCUCCAGUGCGCCCACAACAUCGCCAAGGAGUUCCCCGAUAUCGAGUUCGACGCCGAGCUCCUCGACAACACCUGCCUCAAGAUGACUACCGACCCCAUCCCCUACAACGACAAGGUCCUCGUCAUGCCCAACCUGUACGGUGACAUUCUCUCCGACAUGUGCGCCGGUCUCAUUGGCGGUCUCGGGUUGACCCCCUCCGGCAACAUUGGCGACGAGUGCUCCAUCUUCGAGGCCGUCCACGGUUCCGCCCCUGAUAUUGCCGGCAAGGGUCUUGCCAACCCCACCGCUCUCCUCCUCAGCUCCAUGAUGAUGUUGAGACACAUGAGCCUGAACGAGUACGCCGACCGCAUCGAGAAGGCGGCUUUCGCCACCCUUGCCGAGGGCAAGGCUCUUACUGGUGAUCUUGGUGGCAAGGCUUCCACCAAGCAGUUCACGGAUGCGAUUAUCGAGAAGCUUUAA